UUUCUGUUAGAGAGAGGGUGCUGAGCUGGAGAGAGAGAGGAAGGGAGGGAGGCAGAGCGAGAAGGAAGUGGACAAACAGUACACGAUACAGUGAAAUGCACAGACGAGAAGAGAGGAGGAAAGUGAGAGUGAGAAGAGAAGAGAGGAGAGGAGCGACAGCAGGUAGCAGGAUGACAGAAACAGUGAGAGAGAGGAUGAUGCUGAAUGCCUAGAUGAGAAGAUACUGUGGCAGAUAGAAAGAUGAGAGCUGAUCAGGUGGAUGUCAGGAUUUAGGUGUGUCCUUUUUGUGUUGGAGGUUUCAUUCAUGUGAGCGUUUUGCUGCAGAACAGGUCAGACUCCCCUCCCCUGUAACUCCAGGGGGAAGCGACGGAUCACACUGCUCGGCAGGACGCACGUCCGUGUAAACAGUCUUUGUGUGUGUGAAAAGCACAUGUGCUUCAGUGUGGAGUGUCUCCGGAGGGAUGCGACAUGAAGUCUCAGCAGAAGUGCAUUUUGGUCUUCGCCUUGGUGUGCUGUUUUGCUGUGCUGGUGGCGCUGAUUUUUUCAGCAGUGGACAUUUGGGGUGAAGAUGAGGACGGGAUCACAGAGGAGAACUGUAGCAAGGACUGUAGGAUAGUCCUUGUGGAGAACAUCCCAGAAGAUAUCUCCUUUUUGGACAAUGGUACGUCCCACCUGCCUCUCUCAACAGGCCUUUACAAUUUACUGGAUCAAGCUAUCCGGGUUGUUGAGAUAGUUUCCCCGUUGUGGCUCCUCAACUCCUCGGAAUAUGAAUCCAGCUUCCAACCUGCUGCCAAAAAGGGCAGGGCUCUGCUGUCUAGGCUCCAGGGGCUGAAAGCUAAAGGCAUUCAACUCAAGAUCUCCAGUGAAAUGACAGACUCGACUGACCUCCAGGCGCUCGCCAGACACAAUGCUGAGGUCCACUAUGUGAACAUGACAGCACUGAUCAAAGGUCAUCUCCACUCCUCCUUCUGGGUGGUCGAUAGGAAACACUUUUACAUCGGCAGUGCCAGCAUGGACUGGAGAUCUCUGGCCACACGAAAGGAGCUUGGCGUGCUGGUGUACAACUGCAGCUGUCUGGCUUUGGACCUUCACAGAUUGUUCAGUCUCUACUGGGGGCUACAGUAUAAAGACUUUAUCCCCUCCUUCUGGUCCAAACGUCUCUUUGCCCUCUUCAACGGGGACACGCCGCUGGAUCUCACCUUGAACAGCACUGAGGCCGAGGCGUACAUCUCGAGUUCCCCUGAUGCCUUCACCCCCAAAGAACGGAGCAGUGAUCUGAAAGCCAUUUCCAGGGUGAUCCAAGAAGCUCGCCAUUUCAUCUAUAUCUCCAUCGUUGAUUACCUGCCUCUCCUCCAAAGCAGUACUAACAGGUACUGGUCUCACAUCGACGGCCUUAUCCGGGAAGCUCUCAUCCUGAGGAAGGUGCAGGUCCGCCUGCUCAUAAGUUGCUGGGAAAAGACUCAUCCCCUCACGUUCAAUUUCAUCUGGUCCCUAAAGAGUCUGUGCAUGCAGCAAGCGAACUGUUCACUGGAAGCCAAAUUCUUCAGCGCCAGAGUGCAGAGGGAUGGAAGCAUUCAGGGAAUAAACCACAACAGGUUUAUGGUGACAGAUCGAGCCAUUUAUUUAAGUAACCUUGACUGGGUGGGAAAAGAGUUUACCUUCAAUGCCGGGGCAGGUCUGGUCAUCAGUCAGCCAGAAGACACUGAGGAGAAGAGCUCUUCAGUGAUCCACCAGCUACGUGUCGCAUUCGAGAGAGACUGGUUUUCAUGUUAUACCCGCUCCCUGCAGGCCAAUAAGAUCCCUGUCUGCAACAAACACCCUGUCUGCAACAAGCACCAGCUCAACAAACUGGUGCCAGCCAAAACCAGCCACCUAGGCAGUGGACUGGUUCCUAUUAGAACAAGUUACCAAGAGUACAGAUCUGCACCAAUCAAAACAAGGAGCCAUAACGACAGACCAAAACAAAGGAAAACUGGUCAUCAAGAAGAAGCCAAUGAACUGGUGCCAAUUAAAGACACUCACCAAGAGAUGGGACGAGUCCAACUGAGUCAUCCAGACAACAGACAGCUACAAAUCAAAAUAAAUUACCAUGACGACCAAAUGGAAGCGUUGAGUGAGUCAGCAGAGAGUAGCGGCAGCAACGAGAUCUCUAAUGGCUCCUUGUGACCACAAAGCACCUUGGGUUCCUUAUUGCUGAGUGUCUGAUGUGUUGCUCUCUUACUACAACCACGGGCUCAGACUGGGUCUUUGUAGCAUUUUAUCAUUUUGUACAAAACAAGGACUUUGAUGAUAAAAGCGAUAAUAUGGGAGCGGACGGCGUUCACAAAGAACUCAGGUAGGAUUGUAAAUAAUCAUCUAAUGUCUGGUACUUUUGACGAAAUGGAACCAAAACAUUUUGGUUUUGAACAAAUAAUGCUAUUAUUACAACUAUAGAGAAUGACUUUCAGUGUUGAACCUUGUUUUCUGUACUUUCCUUAUUACAGAAGGCUUGAAUGCAGGAAAAGGUAAUCGAACUGUUAUUGAUGGCCUGCACAGAUAUUGUCACGUAAUCUGCCAGUGUCACAAUUUAUCACCCUUUAAAAAGGAGAAUGACACUUGCAUUCCUGUGCAGAUAGCGGUGCAGCUAAUGCUACAUAGUAAAGUAGUGUAAUGGUGCAGUCUAGCUAAAAAUUCCAAAACUGUUCAUUUUGUGAUUAAACUGUAUACGUUUAUAGCCAAA